AUGGACAACAUCGAUAAGGAAUACGACCGGCUCGUUGAACACCUUCACGACUGCGCAAAGAAGGCUGAGAGUUUUAAAACCGCCAAGAGACGUCUGUCUCUUGAAACUCUUGAGCUGAUACGCCAGCGUGGAGCAGUUGGAGCCGCAGGGAACCAAAAACUCACGUCCGAGCUCGCAAGGCUUUGCAGAGAGGCGGUAAAGGAAGACCUUAGAGAGAAGAGCAGAGGUGCUGGCUGA